AUGGUAAUUAAAAGGAAAAGAAAUGAUGUCCCAGAUCAAGUUAUAAAGAAACUGUAUUUAGGGUCGCUUGCUGCUGCAAAUAAUCAUACAAUUUUGUAUAGGCUAGGGAUUACACAUGUGCUUACUGUUUGCCCUAUUAGACCUUCAAAAGUGCCGAACGUGACUUAUUAUGCCACUUUGCGUUAUUUUAUUUUUUAUAUUUAUUCUUAACUAAGAUUAUAAAUAUCAUAGAAAAGUAUAUCUAGUAAGCAUUAGUGACGAUCCCACAGUAAAUAUAAUUUUUUAAUUGAGCGAAUCUAUAGUAUUCUUAAGGCUAAUACCAAUUUUUGUAUAAUAGUAAACAGAUAAAUAUGAUUUAUAAGCUAAUUUACCAAUAAAUGUGUAUUUUAUCGAAACUUGACGAAUGCUUUGAAUUUAUAAAUGCUGCAAUUAAUAAUGGAGGGAAAGUGCUAGUGCAUUGCUUUCAAGGAGUUUCGAGGUCUGCAACGGUUGUAAUCGCAUAUUUAAUGAAAUUUCAUAAUAUGAGGUAUUCAGAUGCUUUUGAGCAUGUAAGACAUACAAGAGAAAUUAUUGAUCCGAAUUUUGGGUUUAGAAGGCAGCUAGAAGAGUUUGAAGGAAUGGUUUUUAGUGAUAAAAUAGCUGCAGCAGUCUAA